AUGGCGGGUGAAAAGAAAACCGAGAAGCCGGAUACUAAAGAGAAGAAGCCUGAUGCUAAGGAGAAGAAGCCAAACACUAAGGAGAAGAAACCUGAAGCCAAGAAGAAGGCUGAUGCCAGCGGCAAGGUUAAGGCCCCUAAGAAGGGGAAGCCGCACUGCAGCCGAAACCCUGUCCUCGUCAGAGGAAUCGGCAGAUAUUCCCCGUCGGCUAUGUAUUCUCGAAAGGCCAUGUACAAGAGGAAGUAUUCCGCCCCUAAAUCCAGGAUUGAAAAGAAAAAGAAGGAAAAUGUCCUUGCUACUGUCACAAACUAG